CAAAUCAACUGAGUUAUCAAUAGGUCGUGUUCCUGCUACUUGUGAAUCAUCGCUGAGUGAUUCUGAGCAAAUCAAAUCAUAACUUAAUAAAAUAAGCAGAAUGGCGCUCAGAUUUGAGGAUAUUCACAACAAAAUUGAAAGAGGUGAAUACAAACUGGCUGUUAAUGACAAAAGCACUCGUAGCACCGUGUGGCGGGUGUACCGCAAAAUCGAGAAGGACGAUGGCAGCAUCCUGGAGCAUGUAUUAUUCUGCGUUGGCUGCCAGAGUUUAAUGUCCUUCCCCCACAAGACCACAACGAAUUUAAGACGGCACAGGUGCCAUCUUCAGUAUCUCAAGAAUCAGUCGUUUGACGGCUACAACUACAAUUCGUCCAGUGAAUCUGAAUGCAAAAAGAGGAAGGUUCGCUCUAAGGCCAUGGAGGAGCAGGAGAAUCAGCUGUCCCUAUCGGAUGAAAUGGAAUCGAAACCUACUGCUGCCGAUAUAGCCGCCUUUGUCGUUGGAGUCGCUAGCGGCAAGGACUCCCCCGCAGCUUCAUCUCGUGCCCAACUUCCGCACAUAGUGCUUCCCCUGGAUGUUAGCGGUGCUGAGGAGUCCGACAUAUUCGCCAAGACUUGGGCGCUCGAAUAUCGAAAACUCAGCGAGGACCAGAAGUUCUAUGCCAAAAAAGCAAUAGACGAAAUCCUUGUUUUGGGCAGGUUAAGACGUCUUACAUUGAAUACGGUCCCAACAGCGUAAUGGAAUAGUUAAGCAGGUGCUCCGGGCUAAGCAAGUGCAAAAUGGAAAGUUAUCUCCGGUUUUUGUGUUAU